GUAGGACAAUCAGAGAGACUUCAUUCUUUGAAUAGCAUUGGGUAUCUCCCGCGGGUAGCUUACUUUGCAGAAAGUGGGACGACACCAAACGAGACAAGUAACCACGAUUACGCAAGAGGGACGAAAAAUUAGAGGACGGAAGCCCCCGUUAUUCGCGCCCGAAGACCAUGGAUCAGGAAACAAAUUGCACCGUGUCCAAAAAAAACAUCAUAGCCAAGAUUUUUAAAGUUCGUAAGAGGAGGGAAAUGCUUUUCGUGCAGGUCUGUUUCAUCUGCAGUGUCCUCUUCAUGGCGUGGUGUAUGUCGGCACUACUGACAAAAACAGGACAUGGACUGACCAUGGACGUGGGGCCUGAUGCUCAGGCACAAUGGGGACGGAGACUAAUGGCGACAGCAGGGGACAACGAGACGGAAGAGGAGAGAAACUGCACAAAGCCAGCGAUUCACGAGUUCCCAGAAGAUCUGUUCACCAACAUGCAGCGCAGGCAAGGAGCAGUGCUGCUGCAUAUAGUAGCGACGCUCUAUAUGUUCCUGGCCCUCGCGAUUGUCUGUGAUGACUUUUUUGUGACGUCCCUAGAGAAGAUCUGUGAGAAACUACACCUGAGUGAAGAUGUUGCCGGGGCAACCUUCAUGGCAGCAGGAAGCUCCGCCCCUGAGCUCUUUGCCUCUAUAAUCGGUGUGUUCAUCACCCACGGCGAUGUGGGAGUGGGCACGAUUGUGGGCUCGGCAGUUUUCAACAUCCUGUGCAUCAUAGGCGUGUGUGGAAUCUUUGCUGGUCAGGUAGUGUAUCUGACACGGUGGGCGGUUUUCCGUGACUCUUUUUACUACAUCCUGUCAGUGGUGCUUCUGAUUGUGUUUAUCUAUGAUGAGAAGAUUGUGUGGUGGGAAAGCUUGGUGCUGGUGGUGAUGUACGCCGGAUACAUUCUGAUCAUGAAAUUUAACACAAGCAUGCAGAACUACUUCACAGGGAAAGAGGAUAAGGGCGUGGCCAACGGUAACACAGUGGCCAAUGAGCUGGAAGAUGGUAAUGCAUGUUAUGACAAUAUUUGGGAUGACCCCUCAGUGCCAUUACUACACCCAGUGAAGCCCGAUAAGACGUACAGACAGGGCUCUGUAGUCAUGGUGGACGAGAUGAUACGCUCCAGCUCUUCGAACUACCGCUUCCCCGAGGCCGGGCUCCGCGUCAUGAUCACCAACCACUUCGGCCCCAAAACCCGACUCCGAAUGGCCAGCCGCCUCAUCAUCAACGAGAGGUUGGUUCAAGCCUCCAACGGGGUGGAAAACACGGUGGUGGACGGGAAAGCUGACAACAUGGAGAAUGGAAACGUUCCAGAAGACAAGCAGGUAGAGGAGGAGAGUAGCAUAUCCUCUCCCUUCACUGUGCCAGGGGGCAUCCUCGACAAGGGCAAGUGGCUGGUUUCUUGGCCGUUGCUGCUGCUGCUCUACUUCACUGUGCCAAACUGCUCUAAGCCCCGCUGGGAACGGUGCUUCAUGCUGUCCUUCUUCCUCUCCACGCUUUGGAUUGCCAUCUUCUCCUACCUGAUGGUGUGGAUGGUGACGGUAAUUGGCUACACUCUGGGCAUCCCUGAUGUCAUCAUGGGCAUUACGUUUCUGGCAGCUGGCACUAGCGUCCCCGACUGCAUCGCCAGCCUCAUCGUCGCCCGGCAAGGUCUAGGGGACAUGGCAGUUUCCAACACCAUUGGCAGCAAUGUUUUUGACAUCCUGGUGGGCCUGGGCGUUCCAUGGGCAAUCCAGACCAUGGCUGUCGAUUUUGGCUCUGAGGUGGAGAUCAACAGUAAGGGGCUGGUGUACUCAGUGGUCCUGCUGCUGGGUUCUGUAGCUUUUACUGUCGUGGGGAUUCACGUGAACGGGUGGAAGCUGGACCUGAAGCUGGGGGUGUACGUGUUGAUCAUGUACGCAAUCUUCCUCUGCUUCUCCAUCAUGAUCGAAUACAACGUCUUCACCUUCGUCAACCUGCCCAUGUGCCAGGAGCUGCUGUAGGCCGGGCCGCACCCCUCUCCCACUCCUCACCCCGCCUUCCCAUCACCGUUUUUUCCUCUCUUUUCCCUUCUUUCAACCUCUGCUUUGGCCUCACUUUCAUCCCUCUCGAUUCCCACCCCAUAUCCCGUCUUUUCCAUUCUUGUCUGCACGUACUUUUGGUCCUGGGUGGAUGUCGGAAGCCUAGGGUUUCCCCUUUCCCUCAUCACAUCUCCACCUCCAGAGCACGUCAACCCUGCCAAGAGAACCCCUAAUAUCUCAGCUCAGGGGAGACGGCCAUCUCUCCAGAAGCUCAGCUUCUUCCCCCGAGACACCUUACAGUGGACAAAUUCCCUCUGAACUCUGAACCGCCGAUCUGCUAGUGUGCACCCUUGUCCCGCAUGUGCGUGUCCUAACAACAGGGUACUCUUUCUCUCCUCUCCACUGUAGGUCAUUGCACUCCAUUUUCUUUUUCUAGCACACUUUUUUAGAUGAUUGUAUUUUGGUCAGGCAGCUCGGUGCCAGCAUCAAACAUAUCUACUGCACAAAUGUAUUCUUUUUGUUAUUUAAUCAUUGUUUCGUUAUGUAUUUUUUUUAUUUAAAGAUAAACGAGCAAAGAAAAAACAUGUCAGGAGAACAUGUUGCACUUUAGAAAUGGGCUGUAAAAAAAAAAAGAGAGAAAACGACUACAUUUUGUAAUGUCUUUUGGUUCGGGAAACAUUCCAGUCCUUCCGCGAGGGGUGCAAUAAGGAGAGGGCUGCGGCUGUUGGUGAUACCCUCUCUCAGGGUUGCUCCACCCUUCUCCUCCCUUAGGGAAAGAGGCACCCUUUCUGGCUGAGACAGCUGCACAAACGAUGCAUAACACCGAGAUGAUAUCUCAAGUUACAAAUUAUAUACGCGUGUGAGCUGCGUGAGUGCAAAUUUGCACACGUACUGUUAUGUCUGUGCGGUAAGUGUGUUUGUGCGCGAGUGUGUGUGCGCGUGUGUGUGUGUGGGAUGGAUUAAGUCCCCUUGUACAUUCAGAGCAGCAAGUUGUGUGUGCACUGAAGGAUAUGUCUGUUCCCUAUGCCGAGAGAAACUUUGGCGCCGGUGAUGAAGUACCGACAGAUAGAGGACUGAAGUGCCACAUCUCAACAGACUUUCUAUUGCACCGUGUCAUGGGUUUUAAAAAUACCCAUGUCACAGACCUACUGUUAUGUCAUACCGGCUGGAUCCAUCCGCUAUGGUCAUGCUUGUCACUGAGUUACUGUUUGAAGCCCUGUAAACAUCUCUACUGAUUGACCGUCAUGACCCCAACUCCGAAAGGUGGCAGCAUGACAUUCAGGACUUGGGGAGUGACCAUGUUUCUACCUGGGAGAGAAGUCCAAGGGUCAAAUCUCAUUGGCUGUGCAGUGUCAUGAGUCCCUCGGGUCUUCCCGCUUCCCUGUUCAACACAUGAGCUCAGUCACCCAGCUUCACAUAUUGCAUAGCGAAAAUCAAUGGGUCUAAUCUCAUUGGCUCAGCAGUGUCACAAGAGUCACACUGGUCUUCCUGCUACCCUGUUCAUCACACAUGAGUUUGGUCACCCUGGUUUGCGUAUUUCAUUAACAAAGUUGGUCCUUUUUACCACCCCUGGAGCUGUUAAAUGGGGGAUCUCAGGGCUUUAGUCAGGACAGGGCAGAAUGGUGUCCACCUUGGGAUGACUGAUCAGGGAUCUGUAAUCCAUCGCCUUCAGUCUUGGUAUCCAUCUGAGUAUGACUGAUUCGGGAACUGUAACCCAUGGCAUCUGGUGUAAAUAUGUUGAGUGUAAUGUUGGUGUACUUCAGCAUGGCUGAUAUAGUCCUAGACUUCAGGUGUCAAUAUGUUCUCAGUCACCCCCGUUGGGCCAUCUCUGAUAUACAUCUGUCCACAAUCAGCCAACCUUUACCUUGUGUGGGGAUCACAGGGGUGUACUCAACAGCCCUUAUUUUUGGGGUUCCCUCACACAUCAGGCAAGGUGUACCCAUGGUUGUUUUUUUUUUUUUUUGCUGCUGCUCUGAAUGACAGAGAGGCCUGAAUGUAAAUAAGAGACUUCAACGAGCUGCACACCUCUCCUGUGGAAAACGACGUUUCCUUCUGGUCAGGCAGCGGGUGGCGCCACGUCUCUCCUGUUCACCCCCCCCCCCCCCCCCCCUGUCAGGCGCCAACCAAUCCGACCUCUCCCCCGGGCACUGCAAAAAAACUUUCAUGGGUGCGUCGGCAGUGUACGAUGGGAAAUGCGCAAUCCCGUGGUCCGGGGCAUAUGCUGAAGCGUGGAGACGCUCCCGGGCAUUCGGAUUCGGACCCUGGGAGACGGUCCCCUGCUCACCUCACAACUCGGCAGCUAUUGGACCGUUUUAGUCGUUUAAUUUCAUACAGAAACGCACCUGUCUGGAGCAGAGUGUCAUAAUUAUGUCGGUGUCAUGUGGUGAACGUGGCUGUUGGUGUCAGUGUUAAAAAAAUGUGAGUGUCGCUGUGUCACUGCUGAAAGGCAGGUGUUUGCAAUGUUCAUAUAUAUACAUAUAUAUAUGCAAUCUCAAUAGGAUAAGCCCUGGUGAUGGUUUCCUGUCAAAGGGUCAUAAUAUGCAUUCCCAGAAGCUGAUGCAAAUGCCCCCACCCCCAACCUGUUGUCAUCAAAGGGUUUUUCCUGACCGCUGUAUUCACCUGUUUUCUUCCUCUGUCUCAGUUUUUCUAAAA